AUGUUUAAAUAAUAUUCAUUUUCUAAGAUAAUCCCACUUCUAGAUAAGACAAGCCAUAAAGGCUAAAAUGGGAAGAUUGCGAGUAUUGGUGGAUCAUUUAAAUACACAGGAGCUCCAUAUUAUGCAGCCAUUUCCUCAUUGUCAUCUAUUCAGAUAAUGCAUUCAUUAGUAUUUGGCCCUGGGUUAGGUAGACAAAAAAUUAACAGAAAAGUCUUGGAACAACUAUUCAAAUAAAACAAUAGUAUCAAAAUAUUGGAUAUUGAUGCAUUGUGGCAUAUCUCAUAGAAGCAGAAUAAAUUGAUAAUAAUGUAAAAAAUGGAAAAGUGGGAUAUGCAGUUUAAAUGGAAGAAUCUAAAAAGGGAUGUGGAGGUUAGGCUCAUAUUUUGA